GAUCGUCAGCGAGUGAAGCUGCUUUUUGCCAGCCAACAGCCAAGAGUCACCACAAAUCCGACAAGCUAGUCACAGUUAGUCAAGUGGUUCCGUCCCGUUCGGUUCAGCUACAGUUCAAGUUACAAUUUACUCUUAACAAUUUACAAUUCACGACGCGUGUGUACAAACAAAGUUUUCCAAAGUGAAUUAUCUAAAGCAAUACAUCGACGAUAUCCGCAGGAUAAUCGAGGAGAAAAUGUCGCUUAAUCCGAACGGGUAUAAACUCUCCGACAGGACGGGUAAACUAACGGCACAUGAUCUGAUGCCAACGACAGUGAGCGCAGGACCCGAGACACGUGAGUUCCUGCUGAAAGUCAUCGAUGUGUUGUUGGACUUUGUGAAGGCAACAAACGAUCGCAAUGAGAAGGUGCUCGACUUCCAUCAUCCGGAGGACAUGAAGAGAUUGCUCGACUUGGAUGUACCUGACCGAGCGUUGCCGCUGCAGCAGCUGAUCGAGGAUUGUGCCACAACGCUGAAGUAUCAAGUGAAGACGGGUCAUCCGCAUUUCUUCAAUCAGCUGUCAUGCGGAUUGGAUCUGGUCUCCAUGGCUGGCGAAUGGUUGACAGCCACUGCGAAUACGAACAUGUUCACAUACGAGAUCGCUCCGGUCUUCAUACUCAUGGAGAACGUAGUGCUCACCAAGAUGCGUGAGAUUAUCGGCUGGUCAGGAGGUGACUCGAUCCUCGCUCCUGGUGGCUCCAUCUCCAAUCUCUAUGCCUUCUUGGCCGCUCGCCACAAGAUGUUCCCCAACUACAAGGAACACGGUUCCGUGGGUCUGCCCGGCACUUUGGUUAUGUUCACAUCGGAUCAGUGUCAUUAUUCGAUUAAAUCUUGUGCCGCUGUCUGUGGUCUCGGCACCGAUCACUGCAUCGUUGUGCCAUCUGAUGAGCAUGGCAAAAUGAUCACCUCCGAGCUGGAGCGUCUUAUUCUGGAGCGCAAGGCCAAGGGCGAUAUUCCCUUCUUCGUCAAUGCCACCGCUGGAACAACUGUCCUGGGAGCCUUUGAUGACAUCAACACGAUUGCUGACAUUUGCCAGAAGUACAACUGCUGGAUGCACAUCGAUGCUGCUUGGGGCGGCGGUUUGCUCAUGUCGCGAAAACAUCGUCAUCCCAGAUUGACUGGCGUAGAACGCGCCGAUUCGAUCACCUGGAAUCCACACAAACUCAUGGGUGCGCUGCUCCAGUGCUCGACGAUUCACUUCAAGGAGGAUGGUCUGCUCAUCAGCUGCAACCAGAUGUCGGCCGAGUAUCUGUUCAUGACCGAUAAGCAGUACGAUAUCAGCUACGAUACUGGCGAUAAGGUCAUCCAGUGUGGUCGCCACAACGACAUCUUCAAGCUCUGGCUGCAAUGGCGUGCCAAGGGCACCGAGGGCUUUGAGAAGCAGCAGGAUCGCUUGAUGGAACUGGUGCAGUAUCAGCUGAAGCGCAUUCGCGAGCAAUCCGAUCGCUUCCACUUGAUCUUGGAGCCCGAGUGCGUCAACGUUUCGUUCUGGUAUGUGCCCAAGCGUUUGCGUGGCGUUCCCCACGACAGCAAGAAGGAAGUGGAGCUGGGCAAGAUCUGUCCCAUCAUCAAGGGACGCAUGAUGCAGAAGGGCACACUCAUGGUGGGCUAUCAGCCCGAUGAUCGCAGACCCAACUUCUUCCGUUCGAUCAUCUCGUCGGCUGCCGUCACCGAGGAGGAUGUGGACUUUAUGCUCGAUGAGAUUCAUCGGUUGGGCGAUGAUUUGUAAGUUGGUUCUCAAGCAUUAGUUUUCCAGAGAUCCAGAGAUCAAUGUAGCUACAACUAUUGCGUAGUUCAUACAACCAAGAAGUAUCUUUAAGGUAAAAAGCAUAUCAUAAGAACGCAAAAUAACUUCCAACUUAUCAAAAGUUCAAUGUUGCUGUAAAUUUGUUUGAAAUGAAAAACGAAAUAAGAAAUACGAAAAAAAAUGAAAUUAUAAAAUGAAAUGUUAACUAUUUAAAUGUUAUGUUUGAUUCCGUUCUUCAGUUAAGUCAUUUGUAAGCGUCAGGCCAGUGUUUGAAAACUACUUAUUAACUAUGUACUCACAUACUUAUAAUCAAAGUGUUGCAAAAUGAUUAAAAACAAUGCCAAGUUGAUUUUACGUUUCACAUUCAAAGAAAACAAAAGUUUAUUACGACUGUUGCACAUUAUAAACAAAUCAAAUAUUAUAUAUAGUGAAAACCCCCCAUAUAAAUAUCUAUAUGUAUAUUUAUAAAUCAAGACAACACAACAACAAAAACCACCCACGUUCACCACCAGAAGAAGGAAAAACGAACCCAAAUUAAUUUUGGAAUGCAAAUGCAUGUUUUGAGGCUGCUAAAGUGUUGACAAUUGUUUCCAAUUAUUUCAAAUUCUAUUGUAAAUUCUGUUGCAAAAUAUAUAUCGAAGUUGAUCAAUGGCAAAGUUUAUGCUUCCGGCAAUAAAUGUACCUUUAUAUCAAAAGAGACCUGUGCUUGUUAAACUCUCUACACUUAUAAUCGCAAUCCAGAACAAAAAUUGCUAGAAAAUUUGAAGAAGAAUGCAAAAGCUCAUUGACUCUCUCGGUUAGUUGUAAUUGAGUUGAUGAAGGACCCAAGGAUCGAUCAUCGAUUGCGAAUCCUGGGCCACAACUAGUCCAAGUAUCGAACUGUGCUAUAUACACGAAUACGUAUUAAUGAAUGAAAUUAGUUGCAAUUUAGUUACAAAUUUGUGUUGAACAUGAUAAAUGUCUGAUAUACUUAUAUACAUAUAUAAACCUAUAUACAUAUAUUCGGUGUCAAUUAAAUGCAAUUAAACAAAACGUAACUCAAUCAAAAUGUUGGAAUAUUAUUACAAUUGAUUUUUGGUUCAACUCUGUUCACUUGUUUAAGAACAGCAGCCGCGUGUUGGACAUCGAAUGAAAGAAUUAAUGAUCGAAUUGUUAUCACAAAGUACACACAACAAUUAACAUAACAAAUUAACACACGCGCUGUACACAUAAAUAUCCUUUGAAAGUAUAAAUAAUUCAAUAUUACAUAGAUAUUAUAUACAUUUCUUGUAUUUUAAUGUGCUGUUGACUAAGUUCAAUCGAAUCAAAAUAACAACUAUGUGUAUAUCAGAAAUAUGUAUUUAAAUUUAACUUUUAAAAUCACAUUAUUUGCAUUUUAUGUAUGUAUAAAUUGAUGUAUAAUGUAUUUGAGAAUUACAAUUCGAAUAAAACAAUUAUUCCAGCAUCUAAACAAAUAUAUACAUAACGGGUAAAUAAUAAAUCAAAGUAAUCA